AUGUCAGGAGACUUAAAUGAAAAAUUGCCAGAUAUCCUUCAAGAAGCAGUCUUGAUGAAAUCAGUCCCAGUCCCAGAGGGAUCAGUUGUUGUCAAAGGUAUCGAUUACUCUGAUGAUAAAGCCAUAGAUAUGCGUGCAUCUGAUUUGGUUGCUGCUAUGAAAAACAUGGGUUUCCAAGCUUCUUCUAUCGGUAGAGCCUGUGAGAUUGUUGAUCAUAUGAGACAAUGGAGAGGUAAGCAUCAUGAUGAUUUGCCAGAGCAUGAAAGAAAGGGAUUGUUUGAUGACGAUGGAUAUCAAAAAGCUACAAUUUUCAUGGGUUACACCUCCAAUCUAAUCAGUUCUGGGUUAAGAGAAACUUUAAGAUAUUUGGUUCAACAUAAGAUGGUUGAUGUCUUGGUUACAACUGCUGGUGGUGUUGAAGAAGAUAUCAUUAAAUGUUUGGCACCAACCUAUAUGGGUGAUUUUACGUUGAAUGGUAAGACCCUUCGUGAAGAAGGUAUGAACAGAAUUGGUAAUUUAUUGGUUCCAAACGAUAACUAUUGUAAAUUUGAGGAAUGGAUGGUUCCAAUCUUAGAUAAGAUGUUAGAAGAGCAAGAUGAAUAUAUUAAGAAACAUGGUGAUUCAUGUUUAGAAGCUAGCAGCGAUGUGGAAUCUCCAAUUUGGACUCCAUCUAAGUUGUGUCAUAGAAUGGGUAAAGAAAUUAAUGAUGAAAGUUCUGUUUUAUACUGGGCUUACAAAAAUAAUAUUCCUGUCUUCUGUCCUGCCAUCACAGAUGGUUCCAUUGGUGAUAUGUUAUUUUUUCACACUUUCAAAGCUUCUCCAAAUCAAUUAAGAUUAGAUAUUGUUUCUGAUAUUCGUAAGAUCAACUCUAUCUCUAUGGAAGCUGCUAGGGCCGGUAUGAUCAUUCUUGGUGGUGGAAUCAUUAAACAUCAUAUUGCAAAUGCUUGUUUGAUGAGGAAUGGUGCUGAUUGGGCUGUUUAUAUUAACACUGCCCAAGAAUAUGAUGGUUCUGAUGCAGGUGCUAGACCAGAUGAAGCAGUUUCUUGGGGUAAGAUUAAAGCAGAAGCGGAAUCUGUUAAACUUUAUUCCGAAGUCACUACUGUUUUCCCAUUGAUUGUGGCAGCAACAUUUGCUAAUGGUAAACCUUUGGAAAAAAAAUUUGAAAAGGAUGAAUAA